AUGAACUUUUUAAGGACUCCAAUAUCUCGAAAUCAGGAAGAUUCGAAUGAUACCUUCAAGAGACCACAUAUCCCUAUAACAAAAGAAUCAGCAGCUAACGCGUCACGAUCUCUGAACAUUCCACAUGUGCGGUUCCAAGAUACGUCUGCUGUACCCAUCCAAGCCGGAUGUACCACCUUAAAAGGUGGAGGAUAUCGUAAGAAAGUAAGUCUGAAACCUGGUCAUAGUGCCCUAGAUUGGCAUGCAUUAGUAACUAAGAAAAGGUCAAAAGGUUUAGUCACCCGUGUAGAUAAACUACUUGGUGAAGAUGUCAAGACUCUAGAACAACUGAAUAGUCCUCAUAGUCUUACGCAGCUUAAAAAUGGAGUUCCGCCAUAUUUAAUUAAACCACCAUUAAGAAUUAAUGCAGAAAUAUUACGGAAGCACAAUACACAAGAAGACUGCUGGAGUGUGAUAAAUGGGAGAGUUUACUCCAUGACAGAUUAUUUUGAUUUUCACCCCGGUGGUGUUGACAUUCUCUUUAAACAUUGCGCCGGAAGAGAUGGCACCGCAGCAUUUAAUAAAUAUCACCGUUGGGUUAGUGUUGAUAAAUUGUUAGAAAUAAGUCUUGUUGGUAUUUGGAUCAAUUGA